AGCGGACGUCUGCGGCGGGGGCGGGGCCAGAACGCGGGCGGUGGAUCCCAGCGCGGCUCUCUGGAGCCCGCUGCUGAGCAGCGCCCCGGAGGGGCCGAGCAGGAGCGGCACCAUGGAUUCCUUCAAGGUGGUGCUGGAGGGGCCAGCACCUUGGGGCUUCCGGCUGCAGGGGGGCAAGGACUUCAAUGUGCCCCUCUCCAUCUCCCGGCUCACUCCUGGAGGUAAAGCUGCGCAGGCCGGUGUGGCAGUAGGUGACUGGGUGCUGAGCAUCGAUGGCGAGAAUGCAGGAGGCCUCACACACAUCGAAGCCCAGAAUAAGAUCCGUGCCUGCGGGGAGCGGCUCAGCCUGGGUCUCAGCAGGGCCCAGCCAGCACAGAGUAAACCGCAGAAGGCCCUGGCCCCUGCCGCGGACCCCCCGCGGUACACCUUUGUACCCAGCGCCUCCCUCAACAAGACGGCCCGCCCCUUCGGGGCGCCCCCGCCCGCUGACAACGCCCCGCAGCAGAAUGGACAGCCGCUCCGACCGCUGGUCCCAGAUGCCAGCAAGCAGCGGCUGAUGGAGGACACGGAGGACUGGCGGCCGCGGCCUGGGACAGGCCAGUCCCGUUCCUUCCGCAUCCUCGCCCACCUCACGGGCACCGAGUUCAUGCAAGACCCGGAUGAGGAGCACCUGAAGAAAUCAAGAUCUUGCAGCCAGGUGCCCAGGACAGAAGCCCCAGCCCCAGCCUCAGCUACACCCCAGGAACCCUGGCCUGGCCCUCCCACCCCCAGCCCCACCAGCCGCCCACCCUGGGCUGUGGACCCUGCAUUUGCUGAGCGCUACGCCCCAGACAAGACCAGCACGGUGCUGACCCGGCACACCCAGCCAGCCACACCCACGCCUAUGCAGAACCGCACCUCCAUCGUGCAGGCCGCUGCUGGAGGGGGCCCUGGAGGGGGCAGCGGCAGUAAUGGGAAGACUCCCGUGUGCCACCAGUGCCACAAAGUCAUCCGGGGCCGUUACCUGGUGGCCCUGGGCCACGCUUACCACCCCGAGGAGUUUGUGUGCAGCCAGUGUGGAAAGAUCCUGGAAGAGGGUGGCUUCUUCGAGGAGAAGGGCUCCAUCUUCUGCCCGCCCUGCUAUGAUGUGCGCUAUGCACCCAGCUGUGCCAAGUGCAAGAAGAAGAUCACAGGCGAGAUCAUGCAUGCCCUAAAGAUGACCUGGCACGUGCAUUGCUUCACCUGCGCAGCUUGCAAGACACCCAUUCGGAACAGGGCCUUCUACAUGGAGGAAGGGGUGCCCUACUGCGAGCGAGACUAUGAGAAGAUGUUUGGCACAAAAUGCCGAGGCUGUGACUUCAAGAUCGAUGCCGGGGACCGCUUCCUGGAGGCGCUGGGCUUCAGCUGGCAUGACACAUGCUUUGUGUGCGCGAUAUGUCAGAUCAACCUGGAAGGAAAGACUUUCUACUCCAAGAAGGACAAGCCCCUUUGCAAGAGCCACGCCUUCUCCCAUGUGUGAGCCCCUCCCAUGGGCUGCUGCCCACCCAGCCCUGACUGAGGGGUCGCUGGUUCUGGAGUCAUUGCCCCAGAUUUCUGGGUAGGGCUAGCAAAAGUCACCCCAACCCCAACUCCUGGCCCGAGCCCGGGGUUCCCUGGGCCCUGCCCCACCUCUUUCACCUCUCCUCACUCCCUCCACCACCACCUCACACUGGUGCUGGCCACACCGGCCCCUGUUCACAUCCAGAGCCACAAUAAACCUGUAUCCAGCCGUG